AUGGGAAGAGGACGCCGCGGCUUGGUACCGGCAGCAGCCUCUGGCCCCAAAGAACGCCAUAAGAGAUCGCAACGGUCUCAAUAUCAUCAUCCCUACUCGCCUCCGCCAGACACUUUCAAGGCCAAGCCAUCGCUGCCAAAAUCCAAGCACCACUCUUACUUCGAGCUAGUUGAGAACAAAGAGAAGAAGAAGAAGCUCGAGUAUCAGAUUACCACCGAAAAGACCCCGCCGCCCGGAUUUGAGUUUGUCCCCAUCGGCAAUCCACAGUUGACUGCUGCCUGCAAAGAAAUAUCCCGCGAAAAAGAUGCCAUGAUUUUCAUUGUUUCGAAUGCCAAAGGUCUCGACGAAACCAUCCUGGCCAACCAGGUGCAUCGAGUUGGCCAUCAUAUCAGGCAAGUCAUUGUUGAGGAAGCCAAAGAGAGCCUUGGCGGCUCGUCUCAUCACGUCGUUCCGGUAACAGACGCAGGGCCUGAGCCCAUUCCGGAAUCUCAGAGGGCCUACCAUGCUCAGGUUGAUGCCGCUAUCAGAGACUUGUUUCCACGCAUUCCCAAUACUGACCGCCAGAUGAUUAUUGAGCACUCUUUCACUCGGGGCUCAGCUAAUCGAUCCGAGCAUCCUGUCGGGUUCUCGGAAGAUAUUGCACUAUCCCGCAGGGUCCAGCUGGCUGUCUUGGCUCAUAUCAGGCACACUCAUACACGGUAUGACAUGCUUUUGAAAGAAACAACCUGGCAGAAAGCUCGGAAAACCGUAGAAUCACUAUGUCUCGACAUCCUCGUCAAGUGGCGGGGAGACGAAGAGACUGGUCGCGACCAGCUGGAUGAGAUCCUCCGCGAGGUGGUUGUCAUCUCUGACUCUGAAGAUGAUGAAGACGACGACGAAGAGGAGUCGACUGACUACACGUCAGAUGAAGGUGCUGACAAUGCCAGGCUCACACCCAUGCCUGUGUAUCGGUCAGCACCACCCUUGCAACCUGUGGAUCGAACAGAUCGCUCCCCUCCCCAGUCACCUAUUCGAGAAGCGAUUCCAGUGCCUUCUUCUCAUCCAAUUAGGAUCGGACUAGAAGACAUUGAUCGCGGUCGUAGAGUUGAUAGGAGGGCUCAGCGAGGUUUCAGAAGAUACCGUGCCUGGGAAGAAGCGAUUAGACGUAACCGAGGAGAAACGCCCUUGGCGGAGCAGACAUCCCCGGAUAUGGCCAUCAGUCAUGCUUCAUAUCGACCAUCGCCGCCUGUUAGGUUUUCCUAUGACGCUUAUGGUCGGCCAUAUGACAACCCAGAUCCAACGGUCCAUUCUGGCGGUGUCUUUGGAAUCUCCUCUCAUCUGGAUGGCCAUCGGAUGCAGCAGCCAGUAUAUGGGAUGCCGUCUUCUUUGAAUUCUUCGCCCUACCCUGGCCGAACAGUCGAAGCCCAAUCUUCUCAUGAAAAGGUAAUGUCUGUUGUUCCGUUUCCGACUAGCACGUCUUCUCGCGAGCUGGCGUCUUCUUCGGCUUCCAGUCAUUUCCAAGACAUGUUGGUACGUUCUAUCGAAUCUCGUUCUCCGACUGCGCAGCCCACAUUUAUACGCACCCUGCCUCCUAGGAGUCAAGCCUCUGUAAGUUCGUAUGCGCCGCUGGCCACAUCCCUGACCAGUAUUCAACAACCUCCCAAGUUUGUUUCACAUCCAGGAGAAGAAGUCCGUUCUUGGGACCGCCCCCCACCUGCGCAUGUAAUCACUGGUUUCAAUAGAUCUCAAGCCAUGAGUAUCGACGCUAUGUCCAGUAGAGAUUCUGUCCAAUCGCAUGAUUUGUGUGGCUCUACCUAUUUGCAUCCCCCUACUGGAUAUGGAGCACAACCAGCGCCCCCUUUUGCGCACCAGGCACUCAGCAAUCCAGGACCAAGCUCUUCCAGAUUCCCGGAAACAAGGAGAAUCGUUUUGCAAGCAACCCGGCCUGGAGAACGUUCUAAUCCUAUCCUUAUGGAGGAUAGAGGCGGGUAUUUCGAAAGGGUUAAUCCCAGGCCUGAAAGCAGCUCGAGAAUCCAGCUACGCCCCGUCCGCCCCUCUCAACCACAAACAGAGGUUGAAAACCGAGGGAUUAUCAGACCCCACACAAUCUUCUCAUGGGAGGAAGAUUUAAGAAAUCGAGGCGGACGCCGUGGCGUCGCCGAAAUUGAGGUCAACCCUAUCAUCGAUCCUCGCCCCCACGCGCCCCAUAUUCGACAAUACGCUCCCCAUGAAUACUUUGGCGCGCCACCACCGGCUAAAGAGGAGGAUUACAGAGUACAAUCCCGGCGAGUGCCUGGUGGAGAUUAUGGUGCAGCACCUCCUGAGGGCUACUGGACUAUACGACAACACGGCGACGAGCAAGUCUCACGACCUCAUCACGAACCCGCAGUCUAUCAUCCCAUCAAUACACUGCCUCCAAGAGCGGAUGAACGGUUUGAAACCAGGCAGGGCCGCCGCCCUUUAGCCCAACCGGCGCCAAAUGUAAUCAUUAUCGAUUGA